UCUGCCCCGGCAUCCGGGCCCAGCCGGUCCCCCCCGCGAGGGCGCCGCCCCCCUCCCGCAGCGAUGGAACCUCUGCGGUGGGACCUCCUGAGCUCCUCCCCGUCCUCCCCGAGGCUGUCCCCGUGGAGGAGACCCCGCGGUGUUAUUCCCAGUAAAGGUGCCCCUCCGCCCCUGCCGCAGGCAUGGAAGCAGCUGUCCCGGCUCCAGAGGAACGCGAUCCUCUCCGCCCUGGCCUUCCUGCUGUGCUGCGGGCUCCUGUCCUACCUCAGCGCGGCCGACCCGUGGACAGGACGCUCCUCUCCCUGCAGCUGGCGGGGAGCAGUGAUCGAGCCGGAGCCACGCACCCAGGCGCCUUCCAGGAAGGCAGAGGCCCCUGCCCGGCCCUCUCUGCAGGCCCCCAGGAUUCAGAACCAACGAGCCUCCCCUAACGAGCGCCAGCAGGCCGUCAUAGACGCCUUCCGCCACGCAUGGGCCGGAUACCGCGCGUUUGCCUGGGGCCACGACGAGCUGAAGCCCGUGUCCAAGUCCUUUAGCGAGUGGUUCGGCCUCGGCCUCACGCUGGUCGACUCCCUGGACACCAUGUGGAUCCUGGGUCUGAAGAAAGAAUUCGGAGAAGCCCGGAGGUGGGUGUCCGAGAAGCUGCAGUUUCAGAAGGACGUGGACGUGAACCUGUUUGAGAGCACCAUCCGCAUUCUGGGGGGCCUGCUCAGUGCCUACCACCUGACGGGGGACGCGCUCUUCCUGCAGAAAGCCGAAGACUUCGGGAAUCGGCUGAUGCCUGCGUUCCGCACGCCCUCCAAGAUCCCGUACUCGGACGUGAACAUCGGCACCGGCGUGGCCCACCCGCCCUGGUGGACGUCCGACAGCACGGUGGCCGAGGUGACGAGCAUCCAGCUGGAGUUCCAGAAGGCGCACAGGCCCGUGGGAGCCGUGCUGGUGCUGCCCGGCGAGGUGUGCGCUCAGACGGGCUGGGCUGGUGGGGCUGGAAGGUGCUGCCCGGGGAACGGAUGGUCAGGGCAGAGGGCACCAAGCCCUCUGGCUGCCCGGCGCCCUUGCUCACCCCCCUCCCCGCCUGCCCAGGAGGCUGCGGAGGAGGUGACCCGGCACGUCCACUCCCUGUCGGGCAAGAAGGACGGGCUGGUGCCCAUGUUCAUCAACACGCACAGCGGCCUCUUCACCCACGGGGGCGUGUUCACCCUGGGCGCCAGGGCCGACAGCUACUACGAGUACCUGCUGAAGCAGUGGAUCCAGGGCCGGCGGCAGGACGCGCGGUUGCGGGACGACUACCUAGAGGCCGUGGAGGGGAUCAGAUGAGGGCUCCUGGGACCGGGAGGCGGGCUUCGCGGUGGUGAGGAGGCCCUUCACUUGCAGGACCACCUGGUGUGCUUCCUGCCAGGGACGCUGGCCCUGGGCGCCCACUACGGGCUGCCCGCUGACCACAUGGACCUGGCCCGGGCGCUCAUGGAAACCUGCUACCAGAUGAACAGGCAGAUGGCAACGGGGCUGAGCCCCGAGAUCGCGCACUUCAACCUGCACGCGCAGAAGGACCAGAAGGACGUGCAGGUCAAGGUGAGCGGGGCCGGGCCGGGCGGGCGGGCGGCCCAGGGCCCUGUGUGCGCCUCCCCCCGCCUGUGCCCCCACGGCUGUGCCCACGCAGUGACCCUGCCUGCGCUCUUCCAGGUCCCCUCCGGUGGCUACUCCUCCAUUAGCAACGUCCAGGACCCGCACAACCCACAGCCCAGGGACAAGAUGGAGAGCUUCUUCCUGGGGGAGACGCUCAAGUACCUGUUCCUGCUCUUCUCUGACGACAGGGAGCUGCUCAGCCUGGACUCCUACGUGUUCAACACCGAGGCCCACCCCCUGCCCAUCUGGGCCCCCGCGUAGGGCAGGCCCACGGGGCGCUGCCCUGGGGUCUCACUUCUGCUGUUGGAGGGGCCUGGCAGCAGGGCCCGGGCCCUGGAUAGGCCCACCCUCCUUGGACCUUGGCCGUGUGGUGUCGGCCCAGCUGGACAGCAGGCCAGGAGGCAGCUGGGCCGGGCCAUACCCGGGCCGUGAGGCGCUGGGUUGGCCGCAGGCAGCAGGUGUCUGCCCAGCUGUGUUCCCUCGGGACAUCGGGACCAGGAGGGAGACCAGCGCUGCGCUCAGGGGUCCCGUCCACGGGCCGCCUCCUUCCUGAGGAUCUCAGAUCACGGCUCACAUUCCUGAAACCUGGACGCCCUGCCAGCCAGCGCACGGGCCUCGGGGGGACCAGCCUCGGGGUCCCCAGGCCCACGUGUUCAGGGCAACAGCGAGGGACCAGAGAACAGCUCGGCCUCGGGGUCUGUCUGCGGCCCUGUCCUGUCCGAGGUCUCGGGGUGUCUGUAGCCCCACUGGCCGGGGCACCUGGCUGGCUGUGCUGUUUACGUGUUGGACUCAGGGAUCCCACGGGGGCGGCGGGCAGGUGUGCCCUGCGCCGGCCUCCCGAUGGGACGGACCUUCACUCGGGAUAAAGUAGAUCUGCUCCGC